AUGGCUCCGGUUAAAGUACCCGAUAGUAGAUGGAUUCGAAGAUAUCGCAAAUAUUUACUAUGUGGCUCGGGUAUAAUGUGCAUUCAAGUUAUUUUAGCUUAUGCAUUUUUUUCCCUGGAUUCUGACAAUGUGGGGACUCCGUCGGAACCCCGCGAUGUAUCGGGAAGAGGACGCAUGAACAGUGAAGCAUUCAAUGAAGACCCAAAUGGUGCAGCUUCAUCAAGAAGGUUUAGGGAGAACUACUUAGCUUUGGAUGAUGAAGAUAUUCCCAUAAAUGCUCUUUUCAAUCGCCACAAAGUUCCACCUGAUAAGCCAUCAAAUCUCCAUGUAAUCUCUAGUGUCACCAGAAGUGCAAAUUCACCAAAUAACAAUUCCUUAAGGACAGGAGUGAGUGCAGUGAAUAGGACUAUUUUGAGACUUGAAGAGUUAGAUUUUACACCAUCAUGUGAAAUAACCAACAAAGAGGCUGUUUCCGCCAUUCAUCGAGCCAAAACCCAGCUCUGCAAACAAGAGAUUGCUAAUAAAACUUGUCUAAUUAAUGACUCGAACUUAUAUCCAGUGGCUCUUCAAAUGUCAUGCCCUGUCAGAGAAGGAAUGACAGCAGGGAAAUCUCUUGGAUGCUUCAAAGAUGAAAAGAAUUUUCGAACUCUUAGUGGAUAUUCUGUUACUCUAAAAUCAACAAAUUCUCCUGAACACUGCAUACAUUUAUGCCUCCAGUCAGGCUUUCCAUAUGCUGGUGUUCAGUACUCAGUGGAAUGCUUUUGUGGCAACAAUAAACCUGAACUGAGUGCUCGCUUGCCAGACUCCUCAUGUAACAUGAAAUGUCCUGCUGAUCCUCGUAAAGCAUGUGGAGGGUACUACACAAUCAAUGUUUAUCAAACUGGUAUUUCAAAAUUUAUUCCUCAAGUACCAAAAGAAAGUCCAAAACCUAAUGAGACUCCUGUCAGAGUUGCUUAUCUCCUCACUCUGAACGGGAGGGGUGUGCGUCAGGUCAGAAGGUUAUUUAAAAUGCUCUACCAUCAAGAUCACUACUUUUACAUUCAUGUUGAUGCUCGCCAAGAUUAUCUUUUCCGUGAACUUUUGGUGCUGGAAACACAAUUUCCAAAUGUUAAACUAGCUAGAAAACGUUAUGCUACUAUAUGGGGAGGUGCCUCUCUUCUGCAAAUGUUGCUGGCAUCCAUGUCAUAUUUGCUAUCAUCAGACUGGAAGUGGGAUUUUAUUAUAAACCUUAGUGAAUCUGAUCUACCUAUUAAAACCAAUGCUCAACUUGUCAAAUUUCUCACAGCGAACAAGAAGUAUAAUUUUGUAAAGUCCCAUGGGAGAGAAGCUCAGCGUUUCAUCCAGAAACAAGGGUUAGACAAGUCAUUCGUUGAAUGUGAUGCACACAUGUGGAGGAUUGGAAAUCGUCAACUGCCAUGGGGAAUACAGAUUGAUGGUGGUAGUGAUUGGGUUGCUCUCUCUCGUUCAUUUGUGUCAUAUGUCUCAGCCCCUGAGAAAGAUGAGCUAGUUGAGGGACUUAUGUCAGUUUUUAAACACACUUUGCUGCCAGCUGAGUCUUUCUUCCAUACAAUUUUACGCAAUUCCAAAUUUUGCAACACAUAUGUUGAUAACAAUCUGCAUGUCACCAAUUGGAAACGUCGCCUUGGAUGCAAAUGCCAGUAUCAACAUGUCGUUGAUUGGUGUGGAUGUAGUCCUAAUGUUUUCAAAUUAGAUGACUGGAGCCGCUUACAGAGCACAGAACAACGCCAACUCUUUUUUGCCCGCAAAUUUGACCCAACAAUCAGUCAACAGGUCAUCGACAAAGUUGAAGUGUGGCUAUAUGGUGGAACAGCUAAAGACCUUCAAAGCAAGUUAAGUUAUUGGCAAAGUGUGUAUAACCAUAUGGAUCUCAGUCCUCAAGCUGAUGAUGGCUUAUUGACUGUCUCUGCUAGUUUGGCUCGACAAGCCAGUCACAAAGUAGAAAAUGGUGACAGUAGUUGUUCUUUAAAAAUGCUAAAGGUGUUGGAGGUGACAUCCUACUUUAACAAUGAUUCAUACAAGGGAUCCUUAGUGCGAUUUGAGGCUAUGCAAAGUUCACCCUUAGAAACUUUAGAGCUUGAAACAUGGGCAGCUCCAAUAUCUCAUUUUGGCAUCAUACGGAAAAAUCGUGACACAAUUCGUUUAAAGUCCCUCUUGGUGAGCUCUGAGUAUGAUAUGAAAGAGCAAAUGUCUCGGAACUUUCUCCGGGUUCUUGGACCUUUCUCAGAUCCUGUACUGGUAGCUACAUUGGAAUCCAAUGCUACUGGUGGAUUAAGCACCAAUAUGACUUUCCUGUGGAUCGAUCCUACUGGACAGUUGGCUGAAGUUUCUGAAAUGCACAUUGAAUAUGGACAUGUGGUGGGCUAUGUUAAACCAUCCCUUCAGUCACCUUUGUUGCCUGGAGUCUGGGAUGUGCGAUUGGUCAAAAAUGGAACGGUUUGGGCUAGAGUUCAAUUUCUUGUUUCUCCUCUUGAGAUAAUGUCUGGUGUUACUAUCACUCAGCAGCAAACAGGCUUUGUACACAGUGGACCAGGAGCACCAUAUAAACAUGCUCAUCUGUUACCUGAAUGGGAGGUUUUGCUUGGUUCAACACCAGCCUCUCGAGUUGCUUCAGAAAGAAAGGCGCUUGCCAAUGCCCGGCGUUUUGGACAAGAUCUUCAACAGUGGAUUGAUGGAUUAACUCAGAGAUUCUAUUCAAUUGUGGAUACCUGUGUAACAGCAGGUUCUCAUGGAAAACUGCAAACAUUGUCUUGUGCUUCCAAUUGGGGCCUCGAGCCUUGUGUGGCGACAGUAUGGAGCUCUUACACACCAGAUCCUAAGUCUAAAGUGUCAGGUACUGAUUUCAAAUCGGGCAAUAUGAAAAGGUAUGUAUCUGACUAGUUCUAUUUCAUUAUGUAUCCAUCUCUAUUGUUAUACAGUAUUUUAGUAUUUUGGGAAAUUUUGUGAAAAUUAUUUUGAUUUUAAUCACAUCAAGCAAUGCUUGAAAGUUAAAAGUUAGCAGUGAUGCAUUUUAAGAAUACCAGUGCUAUUUCUAAGUAUCCUUUUUUCCUACUUUGUUUUGAAUCUACUAGUUUUUGAAUGUUCACCUCACUGAAGGCAGUCAGUCAGUCAUUCAGUUCCUUUUAUACCAUUACUUUUUAAUGUUUUCUAUAUGUGUAUUUCAUGGAUGUUUGAAAGUGGAGCAUGUCCUUCUUCAUACAAUUCUUCUCAUUGAUUUUUAUUGUUAAACGUGAAAUACGUGUUCUGUAACUAAUUCAUCAUGUGUGAUAACCAAGAACUGUUGUUGCGCCUGAUUUUCCUGUGAAGGAUUUUGAAGCUUUGAACAAGAACAGUUUAAGCAUGGCUUUAAGUAUGUAUUAAGAAUUGGUCCUCUAAAUACAGAGACACAUUAUCUCUCUUAUUUAGACAUACUAUAGAUUGUUAACCUAUCUAUAUGUACAUGAUUAUAAAAGCCGUAUCUUCGCUGAUUUUUAAGACUAUCGAGUAAGGGUGCAGCUAAAUCAAGGCACAUAUUUUCAGAAACCUGGAGGCUUUCUCUCUACUUUGACCCCAAAUUUGAGGUAUGGCAUUUAAUCCUGUAAAUACAGUAAAUUUAGGAGGUUUUCAUUGACUCAAGACAUUUUUGCUUUAAAGCAGACAGUCUCAAAGACAUUGUGUUCAAAUUCAUGGUUCUAAUACCAUGAAUAGAGAGUGAUUCUUUUCUUGUCUUUUCCAUUGUAAUAAUAUUUUAUAUUUCUGCUUAACUGAAUGUCUUACCUGUUGAAGGAAAUCGUUCAACUGAAAAACCAUAGUUCUCAUUGAAUAUACACAGUUUUACCAGUAAGUUAACUUAAUUAUAUUUACAAUUUUACAGUUGGCCAUUUCUUGUGCUAUUGACAUUUGUCUUUUAUCUUCCUCACUUGUGAACCCAUGAAGCAUCUUUACAAUUAUGGGUUGUCUUGUGUGAUAAAUCAUAUGCCAUAUUUUGAAUACCAUGUUGUAGUGCCAUUUGAGAUUUUGUUUUGUUUUUAUUAGUAACUGGAAGUUGCAUCAGAUGAUGAUUUUUCAGAAUUCCAGCCAUUAUUAGAGUUUUUAACUUUCUGUUUGAAUUUUGUUCUGAAUUGAUAGGCAAAAUGCAUAGGAAACUUGAAAAAUAUUUAGAUUGUUGGAUCUAUCCAUGCUGAAACAAAGUCAAUGUAAAUGAGUCGUGCUUUGCCAUGUGGAGAGUGUUAGUAAACAUAUCAACGGUUUUUUAUUGGAUGAGUGAUAGUAAAGCCUAU